UGCUUCGAGACGAUUCAACAACAGAACACGUCAAUUCAAACAGUUCAAAUCAAUCAGUCCUCUAGCAACAAUAAUCAAAGUACGAUUAAUACUGGAUUUGUAUAUCACUUAUUUCAAUAUUAAAUAUACUGUGGUGCUGCGCUGCCGGUAUCGAUAGUUUAGUUUGCAAAGAAUCUUCGCUGAAAGGAACUCCGUAGCUAAGUUAUAUUUAUUUUACGUUUACUGUUUUAAUGUUCUAGUUUACGGUAUCUGCGUGUAUUCUGUAACUAGAACUAGCGGGCUACUAGAAAAACUAAGGUUGAUGAAAAGUAUAUAUUAAAUGGGCAUGAUUUAUUAUAUGUUACUUUAGAAUCCAGCUUACUAUCCUAAAGACGAAUAUUAGCCAAUGUAUGGUCAUCUAAAUUGCACAUCACUCAGCCUUCAUGUUGGCCAAUGUCGAUUCUGUCAGUUAGGCAUCUCAUUCGAUUGAACCAGUGUUGAAGGGUUUUGUGCAGAUGGAAAUUUCGAGUGUAAAUUUCAUUAAUUUAUUUAGACCUAACCAGAGCCUACAGUUGCAUUUUUCGCAGCUGCUCUUGGUUAGGUCUAAAUAAAUAGAUAAACUUUGAUUCAGCUAUGAAGUGAAACCGUGGACAAAUUAUUCGACUCGUCGACGUCGUGUCGUGUCUCUAUGAGGUGUGAUAUCCGCCAAAAUUCAUAUAUUCAAUUAUGCCAUUGGAAAUGCAUUUAUGAAGUUCAGUUAUGCUAUUAUGAUAUUCGAUAUUAUGAUAUUCGAAUUUCAUUCGGCAUGAAACAGUCAUUAUUAGUCGCUGGGGCACUCUGUGCCUCCAGCGACUAUAGGUUUCGGCUUCAUCGCGGAUUGUUGGUCACAAAAUGACCUACGUCAUUUUUUUGUCAAACAUUACGUCAUUACUUUCAGUCGCUGGAUUCAAGAUGGCCGCCUAUUUGGGAGCGUAUUUGGAAAUAAUUUCAUCGAUUUUGUGCAUAUUUUCUUCAUUUUUUCGAUGAAACUUAAUAGUUUUCCCAUCAGCCAGACUCUAUAAACCGAAAGUCAUCUUAUAUGAGUAAACUUGGAAGGCUGGAAGCCUGAAAUAGACGACAAAAGUUCACAAUUUUCACAAAGUUGGAACUUCGUAAAUUGCAACAAUAAUAUUCGCAAGUUGCUGUUUAUUUGGAUGUAAAUAGAAUCUGCUUAAUGGGACAAGGGUUUAAUAGAACUUCUUGCCUUGCUGGCAAAUUAUAUUUUAAAAGCUCUCAGGACAGCUGUUAUCUCACAAUAGGUAUUGUACAAUUCAAACACACAGAACAUAUUAAUUUGUAUAAUAGAUAAAUUUGGCAAAGUUAGUUACAUUGUUGCUAUGCAAUUCACAAUUUUAAAUAUUCAUGCCUAGUUAGUGUUCUACAGUAGUUCACACAUAGAAUAGAACAGAGGUAACUAAGCAUUUGAUAAGCCCUAUACACUAUAAAAGUCAUUCAUUCAUUCAUUCAUUCAUUCAUGUAGCUAGAUAAUUCUAAAGCUUAGUUAUCUUUGCUCUACUCUAUGCUUCAGUACACCAGAACAAUGAUACUUAAGGCUGCAUUCCAGUUACGCGUUUUUCAUACGUGCGUACACGCACGUAAAAGUUGAAUUUGCUUAAAAUUUCAUAUAAGUGCAAAUAACCUUAACAAAUAUACAUUAAAUCAUACACAAAACUGAAUGCUGUCAUUUUAUAAAUUUGGUUAUUUCAUAAGUAGGAUGUAAAGCGAAUUCAACUUUUACGUGCGUGUACGCACAUAUGAAAAAUGCGUAACUGGAAUGCAGCCUUAAGGCAUGGGACUUAUGUAAAGUUGUGAAUUGGAUAUAACCAAACUUAGACAAAUUUGUUUAUUGUCUAUAGUCCGGGGACUUGUUUGAUGAACUUUGUUUUAAUUUUUCCUUGAAUCCCAUUUUUGACAAAAACAAUUUUAUUAUAUGAACACAUAAACUUAAGGUGGUCUUCCACCCAAAUUUUCCAAUAUUUGUUAUUUUUUAGAAAAACGUAAAAAUGUAUUCUUUAUAGCGUUCUUUAUAAAAUCCGUGUAAUUUUAAGAACGAAAAUGUACCGUAAACCAGAGAAAUCCAGCAAAUUCUACACCUUCGUAGGGUAAAACCACGAUUUUACCCGGAGCGAUAAAGAUAUGCGAUUGCUUUAGUCUAUUGUUCCAUUUUCAAUUAUAUUGUUCUAACUAAGUUAUUCUAAUAUAUGCAAAAACUUUAAAAUCGCUUGUCUCACAUGAGCAUUUUGCGAAAUACUAAAAACUCUCCUACUGUUCAUACUGAAUCAAUUCGUUCGAAAUUUUCAGAGUUUAUUUGCUUGUUACAUAGCCAUGUCAUGGACCUAAAAAACUUCAUAUAUCAGCAAUAUACAUUGCAAGAGUAGCCUUAUAAGAACUCCUUUCUUCAUAUAUCUUUAAAAAAGUAAAAUAUGAAGGCCUUAUUAUAUUACUUGUAUAUUUUUUUAGGUUCAUGACAUAGAUCGAUAUAUUAAGUGUCCAUUAAAGCUGUUUCUAAAAUCCUUGGUAAAUUAGUUUGGCUCACAUCAUUUUUGGAGCAAGCCCUAUAUUUUACCCAAUAGCGAGGCCUAUCUUAGUUACUAUGGCAACGACGAAUGUAAAAGUUACUGAUCCUGUGUCAGCUGAGGAUAUUCUAUCAUAUUUGACUCAAAUGUGAUGAUAAAACCUUUAAUUUGAAAAAAAUGUGUUUAGGGUGGAAGACCCCCUUAACAAACAAAUAGCAGUCUUAAUCUCAAUCACAUGCAGCGUAAUAUGCAAUAGCCCCAGCGACUAACGCUCAAUAGAGCGUCUUGUUGAAAUUUCAUUCGGCGUGAAACAGUCAUUAUUGAAAUAGUCAUUCGGCAUGGCACUCAGAAACCAAAACUCGACUUCCGAUUUAGCGGGAAAAGCACGCGGGGAGUUGCAAUUUCAACAUGGCGAAGGCGAAGGCAAAUUAAGUCAACAGCGUUGCAAGAAGUUACAGGAUUGAUCAGGAAAUAUCCUGGAUCAUCAAAUGAUGCUUCUUCAGCACAAGUUGCGAGUCCAAAUGUAAUUUCUCAAAGCGAAUCGCAUGCUACUACGUACAUCAUCUGGCAAGCACUGCCGUCAAUACAUCAAAUCCAGAAAGAGUGUUGGGGAAUUUUAGAAAUCUUUGUGCGCCGUAAUGGGCAUAGUGGUCGCCGAUGUCUAAGUUCCUCAACACAGUUGUUUCCAAUACGUCUACAACACUUAUAUUUCUGUCUUGUUGACUUCGCCUUCGGUCAUGGUGGAAUUACAAUUUCCCGCUAAACCGGAAGUCGAGUUUUGGUUUCUGAGUGCCAUGCCGAACCGGAAGUCGAAUUUUGGUUUCUGAGUGCCAUGCCGAAUGACUGUUUCACGCCGAAUGAAAUUUCAAUAAUGACUGUUUCACGCCGAAUGAAAUUCGAAUAACAUAAUAUCGAAUAUCAUAAUAGCAUAACUGAACUUCAUGAUGCAAUUUCCAAUUGCAUAAUUGAAUAUAUGAAUUUUGGCGGAUAUCACACCUCAUAUGUCUCCGAGUCUCCACUCGACUAGUCAAAUGUCGGUUUCGACUAGUCGAGUAUCCCGUUUCGACUCGUCGUGUCGACUGUUGACGCGCCGUGUCGAGCCUUUGCUUCAACUCGUCGUGUCCCUCUUCGAGUCCCUCUUCGAGUCCCUCUUCGAGUCCCUCUUCGAGUCCCUCUUCGUGUCCCUCUUCGUGCUGAUUUUGACCGCGGCUGAUUUUGACGGCGUAUUGUAAAAUGGAUGAUGAAUUUAAAUUAUAAUUCCCUGAAAUGCUGCCCGCGCUUAUAAUUCCCUGAAAUGAAAUACUGAAACCUCGAGGUCUGAAUUCGUAUACAGAUAUUAGGGGCCGUUCAUUUUUUAUCAGGAGAAGGGGGCUGGUGGUUUUGGGCGCUUUCAUUAAUAAUUUCGUCUCGACCCCCCAACAGAUGCAGGAAAAUUCCUGUGGCCACCUUUCUACUCCAGUAUUUUUUCCCGUGAUCUCCAGGGCCGCCGAGAGGGGGUGGAGCAGUGGAAUUGCCCCGGGCCCCGAGGUGCUGGGGGGCCCCUGGGAAUUUUUUUGUUGGGCCCCAGUCAUUUUUGUGGGUUAAAUAUUUCCGCGCAAAGGACAAGAUUUGGGCUAUGUAUCGAAAUUUGGUAUGAAAAGUUGAAAUAAAGUCCCUGGAAAGCAAUUGCAACGUACUCGUCCGGGGGGAGGUUGUUGUCCAAAAAAAUAUUUUCCGGAAAAAAUUUUUAAAUAGUGGCCCGAAAAAAAAAUUUGCACUGGGCCCCCGCCAACCUUUCGGUGGCCAUGGUGAUCUCCCUACAUAAAUAACCUGGGUAUAGUCUUGGAACAUUUGGUCAUGGUAGGCCCUACCCAACCAUCACAAGAUAAGCAAUCGUAAAGCAAAAUAUUUCAUUUUAUAAUAGGACAAAACUUCAUCUUCAUUGUCUUUUUGGCUGUUUAAUAAAGUUACCGGAAGUGACAAUUUUGUGCAUAUUUGCAAAACUGAAACAAAAGAAAACUGAUUUGCAUUGCCUUAAUACUCAAUGCAGCCACGUCCAGUAACUUUUAAUCAACAGCCAUUCAGAUGAAGCUUUUUUCUAAGAAAAUAAAUUGCGUUUUAGAAAAUAAAUUGCGUUCAUGUGUACUUUAAAUUUAAAUUGACUACUGAUGCAUGUACUAAAACUUUGCUUUAAGUUUUUAUAAAUGAAAGAGUAUGAAAGUUGAUUACUUUGAUUUUUAUGUAUUAUGUAUUCAUUGAUGCUUUGGUGGCCCCCUUAAAAUUUUCCUGAGAUGACCCCCCUCUCACAUCGCUAUUUUUUCUGGUGGCCCCCUGCAAAAACCACCAGCCCCCUCCUGAUAAAAAUGAACGGUCCCUUACUUGCUCUUUAAUAGUUGUCUUUUUAGUUCUAAACAAAAAUGGAUGAGCUUAAAAACAUUUUAAAGACAGCAUUUAUAAGCACUCUUGAAGAAGUAACAUCGAGUCAUCAACAAAUACACCUAAAAGGGAACGAAAGGUCCGAAACAUCGCCAAUAACUCGUGAACCAGCUCAGAGGUUACUGUCACGAACUAGACAUCGUCAUCGCCCGCAUUGGUUGGUAGUACACCACGAAGAACACAGUCUUUGCUAACAUCGCCAACUCUACCAGCUGUUUUGCCUGUUGCCCAGGCCGAGGCAAAUUUCAGGUAUUGUAUAGUAUAUAGAAACGUUUACUAGAACAUACCGUACGAAUAUUAGAAUAUAUAGUCAAUAUAAGCUUGUACCAAAAAUUUUUAGAACCACUAAGUAUUUAACAAAAUACAAAACAAGUGUAACUCCAAAGAUCGAUAACAUUUUUAUAUUUAUCGACGUUUCCACUGACUGAAAUAUAGUCGAAACGUUGAUAAAUAUAAAAAUGUUAUCGAUUGGAUUUACAUUUGUUUUGCAUAAGCUUAUCAAUAAAUCGGAGAUUCACGGUAUGUUCUAACGAUACCUGAAAUUUGCCUCGGACUGAGCAACAGGCAAAGCAGCUGAUAAUAGAGUUGGCGAUGUUAGCAAAGAUUGUGUUCUUUGUGGGUUAGUCAAUUUAUCCCGGGCGUUCUGUAACCCCCGUCCGCGAUCAUAUCAGAUCAUGUCAGCGGCUCAGCAUUUAGCAUUAAUUAAUACAAUUCGAAUUCGCACGCCGAUUAUUAAUUAGUAAAUAUAUUAUUUUAAUUGAAUAUAAUACACUUAAAAAACAGUGACCCUAACUCUAAUCUAACCAAAAGGUAUUGUAUAAAGGCAAUCUUAGGAAAAAUCGUAAAGAAAAAAAUAUGAGAACGAAAAACAAAACAUUGGCUAUUGCAGGAAUCGAACCACCAAUUAGCAGCAUGUUAGAUCGCACGCAACGCCCUAAACAAACACGCCACCGGCACUUGUUGAAGUACAAAUGCAGAAAAUCUAAAUAUGAAUAAAACGAUCCGCUCACAUUUAGUAUAAAAUAUUGUGAUGGUAUGGCAUGGCAUUUAUUGUUUUUCUAGACACGUUAAGGACCUCUAAUUUCAGAGAGGUUAGUUUGUGAAUUUUCUCAGAGGAUGUAUUAAUUUGCAUGUACAUGGGAAUGUAUUUUUAGACAAAAUAAACUAGUAUAAACCAGUCAUAUUUGUUCUUUGGUGGUAAAUAUUUCCACUUUCCAAAGUUGUAAAAUUCCCUUGGAAUUUUGAGUAAAACCUUCGAACUUCGGGCGAUGUUAUUUAAGUAAUUUACUAGAUGCCGCUGACAUGAUCUGAUAUGAUCGCGGACGGGGGUCACAGAACACCAGGGAUAAAUUGACUACCUCUUCGUGGUGUCCUACCAACCAAUGGCGAUGUUCUAGUUCGUGGUGUACUUACCAGUGACACUGUGACAGUAGCUUCUGAGUUGGCCGUUAUUGACGGAUAUUUCGGUCCUUUUAGGUGUAUUUGUCGAUGUUAUCUCUUCAACAGUUCUUAAUGCUGUCCUUAAAAUGUUUUUAGCUCAUCUAUUUUUGUUUAGAACUAAAAAGACAACUAUUAAAUAAUAUCUGUAUACGAAUUCAGACCUCGAGGUUUUAGUAUUUCAUUUCAGGGUAUAAGAGCGGGAAAAUGUGAGUGCUUUCACUUAAAUCCAUCAUCCAUUUUACAAUACGCCAAAAGUCGACGAGUCGAUCACGCUGUCAAAAUCAGCAUGCACGACGACUCGAAGAGGGACACGACGAGUCGAAGCAAAGGCUCGACCCGACUCGGCGCGUCAACAGUUGAGGUGUCGAGACACGACGAGUCGACACGACGAAUCGAAACGGGAUAGUCAAUUAGUCGAAACCGACAUUUGACGAGUCGAACCCGACAUUCGACUAGUCGAAUCGAGACUCGGAGACACGACACGACGAGUCGAAUAUUUUGUCCGCGAUUUCAUUUCAUACGUAUGGAAUAACACAUAAGAAAACUAUUAAGUCUAAGGUCCUCUAAAUUUAUUCCUGCUUACCAUUUACCAAAACGUCUCCUUGGCUUAGGGGACAAAUAUUAUAUGAUAUGUUCUCUACUUCGCUUGUGACAGACCUUGUUUGCCGAGAUGAAUAUGAUAUGAUGAGCACUGAAAAAGCUUGUAAAUUUCCAAUGCCCAUUGUCCAAAAUUUUCUAUUCAAGACAAACGUCCAUGCAACACUACUCAGUUAGCAAAAUAUUGUACGAAAUGCCUGUUAUAUAUAUUUAUCUCCGAGCCAGCGCCGUUCCGGGCGAAAUCCCGGGGCGAGGGUACUAAUUCCGCACGGCUAUUUACACCUGGGAAAAGGAAGGCUAUGUGGGGUAGUGGGCAGUGGGUGGUCAUCUCACUGAUCUAAAAAUAUGGCCAAGAGUAGAAUGAGUCAACUACCGGUUGAAAAGAAUAAAAAUAUAUGGGAAAGUCGUUUCAUACAAUGAGCUGUAAAGCGAUUUUUAAAAUUUUACUUUAAAGAAAUAACAAGAACAGACAUAAGAUGGGAAAUGAUGAAAUAUAAGGCUUUCCAUUUGCCUCUUAAAUUGCCCUAAUUUAUAUUAAAAAAGCUUAAUAUAGAAUUAAAACUCAAUUAUUUCCAAGAGCGAACUGUAUGAUUGAACUAAUUUCGUGGCAACUAAUAAACAUAGGUCCGCUGUGGCGUACAUGCAUCUACUGAAUAGUAGCACCAGGAAAUAAAAGGGAGCAGAUUAACUGAUCAAAAGAUAUACGCGAUGUUUGAGUCAUCAAAUUUUAAAUGCUUUCAGUUCUUGCUUUGUUUACACUUUGCCUUGUUUAUACUUUGUUUACACUUUGUUUAUACACUUUCUUGUGGAUGAUACAGUGUAUACUCUCACUCGGAAGCCAGGUGUUAUAAAUAUUGAUGAAAAGAUACGAUUUACAUUUACGCAAAUAUUACCCUCCUCCCUAGUAAUCGGCAUCCACGUGGCUCCAUCGUGACCAGCAUUCAAAAGGGUCUUUUUUAAUCUUUAAUUAAAAUUCUUUACACACGGUAGCCUAUUCAGUGGAUAAUUAUUUACAAAACUGGUUUUCAAAGGGCCGUGUAUCCGUCAAUACACUAAGCUAUGAAAUACAAAAUAUAGAGAGACAAAUAAAUAAAGACUAUUUACAAAAUAUCAGUAUUAUCAGCAUCAAUUUUAUACCUAAUUAUAUAAUCGCCGUUUAAACGAUAAGAUUGAUAGUUCAUUGUGAUUUUCGAUGGUUUCACUUGAAAGUUCGUUCCAUGAUUUCGCAGCUCUAUACGAGAAGCUCCUUUUGAGGAGAUUUGUCUUAGGUUUGGGAAGCGCCAAUUCAGUUUGAUUACUUCUUAGAUUGUAAUUGUUGUUUUGGCAUCUUGUAAACAGUUUUUCAAGAUAUUGAGGUAAUCGACCAGUUAAUGCUUUGAAUGUCAUUAUUACUUCUCGUUUUUUUUAAAGUUCCUCAAUUCGAAGCUAAUUAAGAUUAUUUAGUAUUUGUGUGGAACGAACAUCGUACGUGUCCCCAGUUAUCACACGCGCAGCUCUCUUUUGUAAUUUAAAUAAUUUAUCAAUUAUCAAGCAAGACCCAUCGUUCCAGAUUGUUGAACAGUAAUUUUUUCCUUAAUAACAUUUAAGAAAGACAUUAUUAGAAACGAAGCUAAGGAAGGGAAAUCACCACAAGUAACCCAGAAAGGUCCUAAGCUCCGAGUCAGAUUUGAAUCCACAACCCACGACCAUGCAGGUUCGACCCUCCACGUGGUGGACGGAUGCUCUAACGACUGAGCUUUUAGAGAGUCUGUGUUGAGCAUGAAGGGUGAUGUGGAUUUUGAUCUACCAAGACCACAUGGCCUCUUGCAUGCUCGCCAUAGAGUCUGCGAUAGCUCAAUGGUUAGAGCAUCCACUCACUAGAACGUGGAGUGUCGUUUCACAUGAAGGGGACUAUAAAAAGUAUUAAAGGGGGCUAUGCGACGUAUUUGGUGCCGAAGACAGCACACAAUACUUAACAUUCAUAUUGCGUUUUCUUGUGUCCUGUCUCUUUGGCCGAGUUAUGUAUAGCCGAGAUUUCGAUUUGUGUCUGUCUGUAAAAAUGUCGUAAUUCCGGGGAAAUAAUUAAGGCUUCGGGAAGUUUUUUAAACGAUGGUGGCAGUCACACUUUAUUUUGUAUUGCACACGCAUGAUUCUUCUCAGGAUUUCAGUUACUGUACGAGCUUAUUUACAUGCAGUGUGUACAUGUCGGAUUUUCACGAUGCAAACGAUCGACAAUAUUUUCAAUAAUUAAGGUAAGGAUGGCUUUAAAGAAUGGUCAUUAUUUAUGGGGAGGGGGGUUAGUAAAUGGGGAAAAUAAGGAUUGAAAACUUUUUUGACCCCCUCCCCCCUCAGACUGAAGGCAAACUUUUUGUACCCCCGCCCCCUCAUGAAAAUAGAAACUUUUCUGCUCCCCCCCAUUGUGGAUUGAAAAAUUAACAGCAAUGAACUGACAGGUGUGCAUUACAGGUAAAGUUAGAUAUUAGGACAAUCUGUUUAAUCUAGCUCAUGAUGUUUUACUCUGGUGAAUAUGAUUCAACCAUAUAUGAUUAAAAAAUAUAUAUUAUGAUAAAUAUUAAUGCCCAGCAUAAAAUACGUAAAAGAGCCAUAAAAAAUAUAGUUUAAAAUAUUUAUUUUUGUUAUAGCUCUUUUACGUAUUUUAUGCUGGGCAUUAAGAUUACGAUUUCCGCCUGGUUCAUCUAUCGCAAAUAUAUAUAUUAUGUGUUACUAUCUUGCAAUGUAACAUUUGUCCUACCCUAACCCUAACCUAACCUUCUUCUUUCUGGUAAUAUACAUGAAGGCAUUUAUAUUUAGAUCUGCUGUUUAGUGUUCGAUAUAGAGGUAUUGAAAUAAUAUGAUUUCAUGAAUUUAUCGGCUGUUUUAAUAGCCCACUGAUCGUCUUUAUAUUUAAUAAUAUUUAUACAAGGAGUCAAAAUGUACUUUUAGUAUAUUAGCGAUGUGCCAAGGCGAUGAGUUUAUAGUGUUCAUUCUAGAUGUUUAUAGCAAUGGCACAUUGCAAUUUUAAACCAGCACCACCCGCCCCCCCCCCCAUAUUGAGGACAUCCAUUUUUUGGUCCCCCUCCUUUGGAAUUUCCGCAGAUUUUUAGUGAUUUUUUGCCUGACUGGCCUGUGGAAUUUUCCCAACUUUUUUUUAACUGCUAACCCAUCCCAUGGAAAUUCCUUGACAAUUUCUGACCUAGUUAGUGGAAUUUCCCUAUUUAGUAUUUCUUGAUUAGUAGCUAUGCGCAUGCCUUGUUUUAGUCACUUUUUAUAUCUACCCUGUGGAAUUUCCACAGAUUUGCCUUACAAAGUGGACCCUCCCAUGGAAAUUCCUUCAUUUUUUAUUCACUUGUCCUCCAUAGGGGGGGGGGAGUUGGUUUAAAAAUACAAUGUGCCAAUUAAAUGUGCUUUCAGCACGCUUCAAAAAUGCUGUGUAUGCACGUCUUAAUAAUAGCAACCCAGCAGUUACAUGUAAUAGCAUGUCAACAGACGUUUGUACAAGGUAUGACGGUCUGUAAAAAGUAUAUAUCUCUGAGAUCUGUCCAUUGUUAGUAUAAUAUUAAAUAAUCCCAUGCAGUGUCACUACAUUUCAGGGUAUACUAUAUUUUUCGAUAAUGCUCACAAUUUAUUUCUUAUUACAUAGUUUUGCAGUUCUGACUGAGUACAAUCUUACUCAUUACAUAUGAAUGGUGUCAUCUGAAGCUGAUAAAAUAAAUUUUGUCUCCCUAUCAGCAGAUUGUCCACUUGUUCUGCGAUUGGGGUAGCCUUGAAGGUGCCGUUAAAACGAUAAUUGGGACAAAAACCGACUUAGUAUUUCUACUUAUAUGAAGUUGUUAUUAAAUUCUAUAUGUCCAAUGCUUCAUUAUUGUUUAUAUAUAGGAUACUGUACAGUAUUCAGUGGCAAGCUAGCCAUGGCAACUUGUCAUGCUAUGCUAAUAAAACCUACAUCUAUUCGAAUAAUGCGAACAUUUAAAAACUAAUUGCAUGGCAUGACCUGUUGCUAUGGCUAGCUUCACCAGUAUUAUAAUUAAUAUUAUACAUACAAAAGCAAGAAAUUAUAAGCAUUGAAGGUAUUCAUAUAAAACCACCCAUGUCAAGAAAGUAGAAUUAGAAUAUUUAGCUCACCUUCGACUUUGUGCAAGGUGUUUGAUGUUCAAAUUGCACUUUUCCUACAUGCUGAACAGGUGUCUUAGGGGCUAUUUGCAUGAUGGAAGGUGGGAUGAUUUUGUUGUAUUGAAAUAAGUCACCAGAGUAAAGGAAAGUUCAAAUGCUGGUUAAUAGAACUCAAAUGUUGUAGAGAAAAUCUUGUGGUUCAAGAAGAUUAUUAUUGCUGCUUGAACAACCUUUCGUUUAUACAAUCUAUCCCUAGAAAAUAAUGAAGUUUUUGGCUGAAUCGUGCGCCGUGAAUUAUUUCAAUACAUCGAAAUUAUCCCGCCUCAUAUCUCGUCCUGGCAAAGCGGGAUCAUAUAAACAGCCCCUUAUUCAGCAAAUUGCGCAUGCUGCCUUUGAUCCCUUGGGGGUGAGGCAGCACUUACGUUGAGAUAGUAACUUCUAGUAUAACGAAUAAACAUUAAUUUUACCUAUUUAUUUGCUAUCUUAUCUAUGGCCGGCUAUCUGAUCUAUAAGCUAAAUAUUUUCUCAAUUUCAGCUAUAGAUUUGUAUAAUUUAGAUACGCGGAAUUUGUCUGUUAAAUUAUCCGAUCAGAUAUAUAAAAAUAAAAAGUUAAUACGUUAUCUUGUUAUCAAAGUCCUUACUUUUCUGAUAACAACUAUUCAAAACAGAUGAGGUAGUGCAUUUCAACAAAUAUUUAGAAGAAAACUUUAUUAACAGUUCUAAAUAAAAAAGAGUGAUAAAGAAUCUUAUAUUUCAAAUUAUAACGAAAUCUCAACAGAGAACCCUUACUGUUUGCUAGUCAAGCACAGUAAAGUGCAGGAGAAACAACCUACCUUCUUGCCCCACCGUUCCUGCAGCCCCACACAAGACGCAUGCAAUAUUUAAAAUCAAAACAAGGCAAAAAAACUCUUUCCCUCCCCCAUGCUCCAAUAUUGGCAAAGAUCAAGAGAGGCCGCAGUCGCUCUUUUUGCCCCACAGUUCCAGCGCCCUUGAUUAAUUAACCUUGAUUAACGGCGAUUGCUAUGACAAGAUAUUUGAAACAGGCUUUUGCGGUAAUUUGAGUAUUAAAUAAUAGAUAGAUCAUAGAUCGUCGAGCAUAUAUACUGCAUGUAUAGCUAUACUCUGCAUGCAUGCACUUAAACAUGAAAUGCGUAUAUUAUAGUUUAGUCUUCGCGUUCUGACAUGGUACUUUACGCAAUACUGUUAUAAAUGAGGCUUUAUGUAUCUCAUUAUACAGGAACCUCCUGCGCGAUAGGCCAUACGAUUGAUACGAGCCACAUGUGAUAUUGAAAACAAUUGAAAAUCGCGAGACUAUAAAGUAUUAUAUCUUUAGUGUCCUUGACCUAAUACUUAUGUCUCAUGACCCGCUACGUUUGACAACCCAAACUAUUUUAUAAAGUAUACUAUACAGUAUUAAUAUUAUCAGUAGCGUAGCCAGCCCGACGAUUUAAUCCCGCUAUGCACAUAUUUUCGUGUUCAUUGAAACAAUCAAUUUCUGAAGAAAUGAAUAAUGUUAGUAAUUUUGAAUUUGCAUAGCGGGACUAAAUUAUCGGGCUGGCUAUACGCCACUGAAUAUUAUGUAAGUGCGUUGGUAUUAAAUAUAUUCAAACUCUUAUUGAAUAUUGUUCUUUACUCGUCCUUAUACUUAAUCAUGAAAGGUUUUGAAAUUGAAUGACGUCAUAAUAGUUUUGCCCUCGGAAGUACUUCGCUUGAGUAUACCAAGUAAAAAAAUUACACGGUAUAAUCAGCAAAAUAUUGGUGCGUAUAUAUUCAUUUAACAUACAGACCAAUAUUCAUUUCAGAAACAAAGCAGUGACAAUAUGGGUGAGUGUAUCUUUGAAAACGCUGGCAACUUCACGUUGGAUUCCUAUCAAACCUUGAAGAAAAAACUUCCAGGAGCGUUCGGUAAAAGUACAGGACUGAAUCAAGAAUUCUUUGGUACGCAUAGUAAUAAUUACUUUAUUCAUUCAGAACUCGAUCAUUUUGAUCAAAUAUUACAAAAACAUUAUGAAGAGCCAACUGCAAAUGAAACUAUAGGCUACUCAGCGUUGGAUCAAGAUUUAUCAGGCCUUAAAGGGGACAAGAAGUCACAGUUAAACCUACGUCAAGUUUCUUGUCAGUUACUUCAGAAACUACAAGAGAAGAGAGUAAAUUUAGUACUUGUGGCAACUUCACUUGAUGAAAAUGACGUUGUUCAGAAGCUCAAAGGUAGCUUGGAUCCUGAAACAUAUAGCAUGAUACCUCUCUCGUUUGAUGAAAACAACAACACUGUCAACAACCAAGCAGUGAAUUCUGGCUCGGAGCUAGCGUCAAUAAAGCGUGAAAGUAACACGGACUACGCAAAGGCUAACCCCAAAGUACCCAACGAAUCUAAAAACUUAUGUUCAAAGAAAACAACUGCACAGCAAAAAGAUGAAAAAUAUUGGAAGCGAAGAACUAGUAAUAACGAAGCAGCAAGAAGAUCGCGGGAAGCAAAGAGAGCACACUUUAUUUGGAUUCAAAACAGAACGAAGGAACUUGAAGAUGAAAAUGCGAACUUACAUAAAGAACUUAAAAAUUUGGAACAGAAAAUGUUAGAACGAGAAAAAAAAGUUGGAGAAUAGUUAUUGCAGCCACAAUUUUGUGUGAAAAUUUCCAGGUCAUUUAUACUGUUAAUAAACUCUCCUUUAUUCCUAAAUAGUUUAACACUUAAUUGUACUGAUAAAACAUUAAAAUAUGUAGAUGUUUAUCUAUCUUAUGAGUUAUGUCG